CACUUGUGCCUCAUCACCAACCAGACAUGCGUCUUCCCGUGCUGUUUCUCUUGUUUUGCCUCGGCCUUGCGGUCGCCCAGCACAAUCAACCGUAUCCUGCGAAUACACCGGUACCUAUCUUAAAACAGAUAAACAAGCACAACGAGGACGGUAGUUACAGUUACGGUUUCGAGGCGGCGGACGGCUCGUACAAGAUCGAGUCCAAGAGUCCGACCGGCGAGGUUUACGGUAAGUACGGCUUCGUGGACGACACCGGGAAUGUACGCGAGAUCGAAUACGGCGCGUCCAGGCGCGGCUUCGAGCCGGUCGGUCCUGGGAUAAACGUGCCCCCGCCAACCUUGACCGGUAACAGCAUUAACGGCAACGAACCCGAAGACGACGGACAGUACCGCGAGGAUCCGUCGAUCUAUCAUACCGAUCCACGUUACACCAACGGGGAACGUUACGAGGACCCACCUAAGUAUAAACAGCAACCAAUCGCCUACAAUCCGCCGCAACAGAUUGCACCGGCUGGUUAUAACAAACCAAGAUAUAACCCGCCUGUCAAUUAUCGGCCGGCAACGGUGAGCCCGCGGUUCCAGCCGGAAUAUCGACCGCAGUAUCGGUCGCAGUACGAAUCGCAGUACGAAUCGCAAGGUCAGCAGCUGCAAUCCGCAUAUCCUUCGCUCGCGAUUUCAGCCAGUCCUCAAGGACAUUCCGCGACCAACAUCGACGUCAAUGCCGGAUUGGCAUCUUACACGGUUAAUUACAAAUGAUAAAGAAAGAGGGAGAAAAGAGAGAGAAAGUCGAGCAAUCGUAUAUAUUGCAUGUGUGUAUAUAUGUUAUUUAUAGAUAUUUUAAGAUCGUUGCUCUCAACAUUUAUUUAAUUAUUGCACGUAAAACUGGUUGGUGUCGCCGUCGGAAUAUUUUCGAUAACACACUGAUUUAUUGAUAAUUUAGGGACAAAUUGCAUCAGCAUAGAUACUAUGAUUAGUUCAACACUAGAACUACCAAGGGGGUCAAAAUAACUUGUUUGAUAUUUUUUUAUAUAAUUAUUAUUUAUUUUUAAAACAUCACAAUUUCUGA